AAAAUAUGGAUGCAUGAAAAAAGAUGUGUAAAGUCAAAGGAAUUCGAUAAUAUUGUAGACUGCAGGAGUUCGCUGUAAUCGUGCAUCUCCUCCCCACUCUCUUCUUCUUCUUCUUCUCCUCCUCCCACCCCCCCUUUAACUAACAAUUGAUUCCUCCCUUGACACUAAGCGCUUUCUGUCUUCCGACCACGAAUACUUUACUUCUCUCAUCCCGCACCGCAACUCCUCCUACCUUCUACCCUUCACUCCCUCUCAUACAGACCCUCGCAUACCAUCCACCAUGGCCGCCCCUAGCUCGAAGUACGACAACUAUGAUUUUCCCACCACUGCGCCGGUUGCCAACACUGGCCACCCUGGCCACACCACCCCAGAGCAGGAUGCAAAGGUAGAACAGCUUCGGAGUGAGCUGGAGCAGCUCGGUUACACCGAAAGGCUGGACACCUUGACUUUGCUCCGCUUUUUGAGGGCGAGAAAGUUCGACGUUGCCCUUGCUAAGACCAUGUUCGUCGACUGCGAAAAGUGGCGGAAAGAGUUCGGCACUGAUGACCUGCCUCGCACUUUCGACUACAAGGAGAAACCGGAGGUGUUCAAAUUCUAUCCUCAGUACUACCACAAGACGGACAAGGACGGAAGACCUGUCUACAUCGAGAAGCUGGGCAAGAUCGAUCUUACCGCCAUGUACAAAAUUACCACCGCCGAGCGCAUGUUGCAGAACCUUGUCACUGAGUACGAGAAGCUUGCCGACCCCCGACUGCCCGCCUGCUCUCGGAAGGCAGGCAAGCUACUGGAGACUUGCUGCACCAUUAUGGACUUGAAGGGCGUCGGUAUCACAAGCAUCCCAUCCGUAUAUGGAUAUGUUCGUCAGGCCUCUGCCAUCUCGCAGAACUACUACCCCGAGCGUUUGGGCAAGCUCUACUUGAUCAACGCCCCUUGGGGUUUCAGCGGUGCUUUCAACGCUGUUAAGGGCUUCCUUGACCCCGUGACUGUCGAAAAGAUUCACAUCCUUGGUUCUAACUAUAAGAAGGAACUGUUGGAGCAAGUCCCUGCUGAGAACCUCCCCGUGGAUAUCGGUGGUACUUGCCAGUGCGAAGGCGGCUGUGAGCUGAGUGACCAGGGCCCCUGGCAAGAUCCACAGUGGGCCAAGGCGCCCAAGUGGGCUACUCCCAAGGAGGACGAAAACAUCGUGAAGAAUGAGGAUCCUGGCCUCGAGCAGAAGGUUGAAACGCAAGAAGCUUCUCAGCCCACUGCAUAGAAACCCGAUCUCCUUUUUUUUUUUUUUUCUUUUUUCCGCCCCUUUUGUCUU